AGCGAAGUUUGAGGAAUCCGCCCAUUGUUGUGAUGUGCAUUUCGCGGUAUACGGUCUUGUGAAGGGCAUAGGUCAGUGAAGUGAUUUUUAGAUUUUUGGACCUGCUAAGAUGAGCAUGAAACGUGAAUGUUUUCCAAUUUGAAAUAAUAGACGUUCAUUUUGUCCGAUAGACUAGGUCCAUAAAGCUUCUUUUGGCACCAUGUAGUUUCAGUAACGCCUGCACCGAUUUUGUUGGAGUUCGGAAAAUGAUAUUAUUUAAUAUUAUCUUUAAUCGGGUACUACAAGGGAUUAUCACGUAACCUUUAUGAUUCCAUGUAAUUAGUUCUCGUGAUUUCAAGCCGUAAUGCGAUUGGUUAGAGGUAGUUCAGAAUGAUUCUUAAUCUAUUAUAAAGAGUUUUCCAAUAAAAAUGGGUUGAAAUUGAAUAAAACAAAACGGGGUAAGAGGUAUCACCAGUUUUUUAUUCGAUGUAAUCAUGCAUGACAUUUUGUUUUAACCAAGUGCAAAGGUCCUACGAGCCAUUUUAAUAAAAUAUCACAUCGUUGAAAUGUUCGACGCUUCUUCACACAUUGGCACACGGACCGGUAGGAAUAUUACGUGAAAAACACAUAAUAUCAAAAAACUUGUUGACUAGAUAGCUGGUAGUGUGCAAAUAGUUCAUUCCGCGCCUGCUACAAGUGAGCAUGAAGUGAAUGACAGAUAGUUCCUAGUUGAGAACUAGAAAAAGCUACAUAAUGUCAUAAAGAACCUACAUAAUUUAAAGGGUGAAAUUACAAGGUCUUCUCUGUGUGAAACAUAGAGCAGUUCUGCUGAUAUCAUAUUAGACGUUAAUAUCGUUCAAAUUUGGGUAAAAAACUGUUUAUCGUUGGCCUGUUUUCGAAAAAUUACGGAACAAUAUUAAAAAAAUGGUGUCAAGUUAGAUUGACUGGUACUUUCAAAAUGUUGUUUGACUGCCAUUUUAUUCACGCCGCGUGAAAAAAUAGCCUUAGCAUAUUUCUAAUAUCAUCAGAAACUUCGGAAUCGUCAAAGAAUAUUUUUUUACUUUUUUUUUUAAAUUGACAGUCUUCAACAUAUCAUUACGCUCAACAUUUUAACAGAGAGUUGCAGAACAUUUAAAAACGAAGUUCGGGAGCGAUCGUAAGUUUUUAGUUUUUGCUCAUAACUUCGUCGUCACUCCGGUUUUAAAAUAAAACAUCGACUAUGAUACCACAUCAAAUCUUUUUCCAAAUUUCAACAAAAUCAGUGCAGAUGUUUGCGCGGUUAGAAAAUGCCAAUACACGGACAAACCAACGAAAAUAAGAGAUAUGGAUUCUCGUAAUGAUUUAAGAAAUAAAAAAAAUUAACUAUAAUUCGAAAAUUCCGCGACUGAAAUACUCGCUCAGUUAUCGGCGGGAAGUAAAAUGAACAUAUCCUUCAAGUAGUUGAUCUUAUCUCAGACCGUAUUUAAAAACUGGCUGACGCUUUGCACAUACAGGUAUGACUAAAGCAAACAUCUAAGUAAUUCCGCUUCAACCACAUGUCUAUCACUUGAUAAACUUUUAUCUAAACACUUUGUCGUUCAGGCACAUUUAGUUUUGCGUGGAACGUGUAGCAGUUGCCGCGAUACGUUAGCGCGAUUUUUUCCUAAAAAAUACUUUGGCAAAUGAACUGGCAAUCGAACUGAGCGCAACACAUCUAGAAAUACAUGAGAUUUGGUUGUUGUUGUUUAUCGUUAAACUGCACACAUCGUGGGUCUUUAAAAUAUCGAAACAACGGAGGAAGAAAGCAUGGAGAAUGUGCCGCUACUAAGGAGAAGGGUUGGUUUUUUGCUUAGUGAUGUGUCACUUUUUAUACUAAAUGUAGUGUGUUUUAGAGUUCGUCUGUGAAAAAAGAGUUUACUGAGAAGGAGCUGGAGGAACUGAAAACAGCGUUCCAGUUAUUGGACAGGAACCGAGAUGGCAGGGUGACACCAGGAGAACUGAAAAUUAUGUUGAAUAACUUAGGCAUCGAAAUUAAAGAAGAAAAAGUAGAGGAGAUAAUCAGAGCUAUGAGUCAUUCAGGUAGCGAGCUAAUAGACGAAAACGACUUCCUAACCUUCAUAAAACAAAUGCAACUGGUUGUGCCCGAGGUCGAAGAUGACGUGACCAGGGACCUAGGGGCCGCCUUCCAAGUAUUUGACCUCGAUGGAGACGGCUACAUCACCAGGGAGGAGCUGAGAACUGCCAUGGAGAUGAUCGGAGAGUCUGUUACAGAGAGUCAGCUCACCAAUCUCAUUCGCACUGCAGAUUUGGAUAACGACAAUAGGAUCAGCUAUGAAGAGUUCGUGAAAUUGCUGUCAUCGUAAGAGUCAAACCAGUAGAGUAUUUUAGCAACAAUAUGCACAUGAGGCUGUGAUUUGAGGUUACUAAUAAUCUUUAUUUUUAAGGUAUUCAGGAACGUGGAGAUGUAGAUAUAUUUACCGCACGUAUAGAUAUGAAUUAAUAUCCAGUUCCUACUGAGAGUAUAUUUAUUUAUAAAAUCUAUUAAAAUAAAUGUUGUACAUUCAACUAAG